UCUGGAAAAAAAAGAACAAUGUGACCUCACGUGAGGUGUCACGUGACACGAUAUGGCUGUGUAACCUAAGUUUCAGACAGGGAGGACUGCAGAGUCAGUGAGAGUCGAUAGCAGUCAAAACAGAAUAACUAUUCGCUAAAACGUGCACUCUACUGUGGAAAGUAUGGAAGUCAUGAAGGUCCUGGAUUGCUGCUGCUAUGGUGCAGUAUGAUAUUGCCAGACAGCAUGGCACUGCUGCACUGCCACUAGGAGUUCCAUCUUCUCCAGCAUUCUGUUCGUUGAAUCUAGUGGUCUAGUAAUCCAGUGGGCAUCAUGGCCACCAGCUACCCCCCUCCAUUUGAGGAGCAGGAGGGGGUGAGGGAGGGUUUCCUGUGCCCACUCUGCCUGAAAGACCUGCAGUCUUUUUACCAACUCCAGUCUCACUAUGAAGGUGAACAUUCGGGUGAAGACAGAGAUGUCAAGGGGCAACUGAAAAAUUUGGUGCAGAAAGCUAAAAAAGCCAAGGAUAAACUCCUGAAGCGGGACGGUGAAGACAGAGCUGAAUCCGGGAGUCAAGAACGCUACGAGUCUUUGUACAAUGGAGGAGUGAAUCCCUAUAUGUGGGAGCCACAAGAACUAGGUGCAACAAGAAGCCACCUGGGGGAUUUCAAGAAACACAGAGCUGCCAGGAUUGAUCACUACGUUAUUGAAGUUAAUAAAUUAAUAAUCCGGUUAGAGAAGCUGACAUCAUUUGAAAGAACAAACACAGAUGCUGCUAAAAUAAGAGCAAUUGAAAAGUCGGUUGUAUCAUGGGUAAACGAUCAAGACGUGCCAUUCUGUCCAGACUGUGGAAAUAAAUUUAACAUUCGAAACAGACGCCACCACUGUCGCCUCUGUGGAUCAAUCAUGUGCAAGAAGUGUAUGGAGUAUAUUACCCUCCCAUCAGCAUAUAAACUGACUAGUGCCACUAAAGAGGCUGUGUCCUUUCUGGGCAGCCCCAGCCUGUCUCCCAGCAGCAGUGUGCAGGGCUCCCGGCGUGGCAGCAUCAGCAGUAUGAGCAGCAUCAGCUCCGUCCUGGACGAGAAGGAUGAUGAGCGCAUCCGCUGCUGCCGCCACUGCAUGGGCACGCUGCACAAACGAGAGCAGCAGAUGGACGAGAAGGAUUACGCUCCAGAGAUCGUCAAGUUCUACGAGAAACUCAGGAUGUGUAUGGAAAAGGUGGAUCAGAAGGCUCCUGAUUACAUAAAAAUGGCUGAAUCAUUAAAUGCUGGAGAGUCUACCUAUAAUUUAUCUCAUGCUAACGGUCUCAGACUGGAAGUCCAGAAGUACUAUGAACUAAUUGAUGCACUAAGUAAGAAGAUCCUUAUGUUGGGUAUGAAUGAAGAACCUAAACCACAUCCCAAAACCCAGCAGUUACAGCGGAUGAUCAGAUAUACAGCAACGCUGUUUGUACAGGAGAAACUCCUUGGAUUGAUGUCUCUACCAACAAAAGAAAAAUAUGAAGAGAUUAAAGAAAAAAGGAAGCAAGACCAGGAGAGAAAGCUACAACUGGAGAAACAGGCUCUUCAAGAGGCACAGAGCAGGAGAACAGAGAUAAAACCAAGAGACCAGUUGCAUGUAGCUGCUAGUACUAAUGGUGAAGCUGCACAAAUGCAAAAGUCCUCCAUGACUAAAGCAGGUGGCUGGCUGCCUUCCUCCGGUGCACCACGCAACUGGGAGAAUUCAGACCCUCUCCUCCAGCAGAUAGACAACAUUCAGUCAUUCAUCCAACAGGCGAGAGAAGCCAACAGGGUGGAUGAAGUGAACAUGUUGGAAGAGAACCUCCGACAGCUGCAGGAUGAGUACGACCAACAGCAAACUCUUCUAGCGAUGGAGCUUUCCAAAAGGGCAGCUGAAGAGGAAGCCGUGCAGCAAGAGCAGCUGCAGAUCCUUCACGAAAAAGAGUGGGAGCGAGAACAGCAGAAGAAAACAUCAUCACAGCACUCCAGAACACAUUCUUUACAUUUCCUGGAGGUAAAGUCCAUCCAGGAAGGCGUUUACGGAAAGCCAACUUUGGGUGUGGGAAGUUCAGACUCCACCCAAAACAAGAUUAGCCCCUUAUCAAAAACACAGUCCUUGAGAGUUAUCCAGCCCUGGCCUAAUCAAGAGAAACUGUCUCCCUUACCCCAAUGCGAACGUGAACCACAGCUCGGAGCCAGUGCAGAACAAAAGAAACCUACUUCUUCCUUAAAUCCAUUUGAAGAUGCUUCUCCGCCACUAGAGGAUGAUCCCUCAAAUCCCUUCCAUGAAGAAAUGUCAAAAUCAAAAAGAGAUAUUCCAAAUGGCAAAAAGGACAAUAACCCGUUUGAAGAAGAGGAUGAAGACUCCAAAAAUGAGGUUACCAGUGUUGGUGCAUCAAACCCAUUUGAAGAUUAUGGAAAACCUUUCAGUGAGCCCAGUCAAAGUGCUGCUAAACCAUUCACUGAGGCGGCAUCAACUAACCCUUUUGACAUGGAUGAGGAUGCUGUUGAUGAAAAUAUCAUUGAAGAGGAACUGCUUCUUCAGCAGAUAGACAAUAUCAGAGCUUACAUCUUUGAUGCCAAACUCAGUGGACGCAUAGAUGAGGUGGAACUGCUUUCUGAGAACCUACGAGAACUGCAGCGCACUUUGCAAGAACAGAAGCAGAAAAGACGUUGACUUGUUGGAAGGCUAAUGGCGUAGAACUCGGUUUUCCUUGAUACAUGGUUAAUAUGUGGCUUUACUUACCUGUUGAAAUAGUGGGAGCUCUUCAAUUCAUAUUUGUCUGUAAAAGCACAAAACCAACAGAAAAAACACUCUUUGUAGAACUUUGGUUUAAUGUCCAAAUAGAUAAUAUGAUCUCAUAGGACAAAGGACUAGUUUUUGUUCAAAUAAUCCUGCCCAAAUUAUAAACAAGCAAUAGCCCACUAGAAAUGAGAUGAACCACCUUAAUGGAGAAUUCAUUAAAUGGUUUUUUUUUUUGGUUUUUUUUGGAGGGGGUUGCUUCUCAAAUAGCCUUUACAGUAUUGUUUAAAGUGUAAAUACCUUCAAAUUACAUUUUGUUCCUCAAAUACUGUGUUUUUCGUUUUCUGUGUUAAGGUGCUUUGACCGAGUUCAAGAGCUGCCCUUUAAUUCUAGUUGAGAUGUAUGUAAAUCAGGCUAAAUUAGCUAAAGUAUCUUCAUAAUAGUUGGUGAAACCUGAUGGCAGACUUCGAUAAAGACUGAUCUAGCAUAUGUUGCAUAUAUUUGUCAGACAACUAGAACUGAGGAACAGCUCUUGAACUCCGGUGAAAGCACUUUUUAUACAGACUUUCAAAUGAACAGUGUUUGAGUAAUAGUAAUGAGAAUCUCUCGGAACGAUUACAAACACCAUAAAAUUUUUUUUAAAAAAAGAUUUAAAUAUAUAUUUUGAAGCAACACAUUUUUAUCAGAUACAACUAUGUUUCAAGAUAUUUGAACGCAAUUGAAGCAGAUGAUUUUUUUGCUUUCUGAUUUCCUGGGAAACCCAGUGCAGUACAGCGCAGUGCAGGUGAGAGAUGAAUUCAGAACCGCAGUUGUUGCAUCAUCGUUUAACAUAAUUUAUAUUAUUGUUAUCACUCGUUAUAUACUUGUAUAGUAGUUGGUUGCUAGAGGUUUUUGAAAAUGCCUUAUUAUGUUUAAACAAAUAGAUUAUUACAACAGAUUCAAUUCCAGCAUUUCAAUCACUGCAUUUUUACCAGGAUGACAUUAAGAUCUUGUCUCUUUUUAUGAUGUACUGGUAAUCAUUUAGCAGAAAUGAAUCUGGUCUACCCAAUGAACUCCACAAAAAAGGACACCUCAUUUUAAUUUGUGUAUAAUGUUGCAUGAUGUAAACAAAUAGAACACAGAUUUUUUUCUUUUCUUUUUUUAACAAGAAAACAUUUACCCAUAAUGUACAGCUAUGGCCAGACAUUUAGCAUCACCUACAAUUGUAGGAUUUCGACCGAAUAAAAAAAAACAAAAAAAACAUUUAGUUCAUUUAUUUAACAUCAUGUAAUCAAAGAAAAUAUAAAAUAUUGCGGAAUCCAUAAUAGUAGUACAGUAUUUCAUGUUAGAUUUCCAAAUGUCACAUUUUUCAUUUUUGUCAGUUUUUCGUUAAGUAUAUGAAAUUACAAAGCAGUAUGUAGUUCAGUAUGUUAACAUAACUUUAUUUAGCAGGUUUCAUUUGACUUUAUGAGGCAAAAUGUGUGCAUUAUAUAGGGUGAUGCAAAACUUUUGGCCACAGCUGUGUAACGUGACAUUUUCACACAGCUGGUUUUUUGCCGACCCUGGUAAGCACGAAUCAGGGUCUGUAAAACAGUUGAUGGACAUUUAACACUAAAUAGAACUAUUCUGUUCAUUUUUAUUUUUUCUGCAAAGGUAUUAAUAUUUGUAACAGGUCUCUGCUCUUGUAUAAUAUAAUGUAAUGUUGUAAUUAUGUUUAACAUUUAAGAACCUGAACCAGAUGAUGGGAACUAAAUAACCAUUAUUCUAUCUAUUCAUUGUCUGUGAUUUGACCACUAAAUACAUUUUUUUUUUUUUUAACGCAAAUAGAACAUUAUACACUCUUUGUAAAUAAAGUUAUUUGUCAAGUGUUAUUGUCGUGAAUUGUAGCUUUUAAUAAUGUUGCCUGUGCUCUACUUAUCUUCUUGAUGGAAACUGCUGGUGUACAGUAAUAAAAGUGGGUAUUGCUAGUC